UGUUGAUUUUAUGACAAGUUUCUGUUUACUGUAUCUAGUGGAACUGUUUCAAACUUUGAAUUACAACUGUAGCAACCUAACUUUGAAAUUCUACAAUGGAAGAAUCUUACGCUGAUAAAUAUUCUUUCAUUGGCGAAUGGUAUGACAAUCAAGCAAAUUUAAAACGCCGGUUUAACAUUUUUUACUACCCUUCUGAUGAUACUAUAGAAAUGUAUGACUUAAAAAGUCGAAAAACGUUUGUGAAAAGAGUUAAAGUAAAUGGUGUAACUUUAGAUAGGUUUUAUAUUGGUUGUACUUUAAGUAUAUUAGGUCGUCUUAUAAAAAUAAUUGACUUCGCUUGUGACCAUACACGAAAGAAGUUGCACAAUGAAAUGCAAGUAACUUUUGCUAUGAUUAAACCCCUUCCAACUGAAAUCGUUGGUAAAAUUUUAAGUCACUUUCAUGAGCAUGGUUUGCGGGUAACAAAAAUGAAGAAAUCACGACUGACUGCUGAAGAUAUUAAUAUUUUGUAUAGAUCUCAGGUCACAGAUCCUACAUUUCCGUUUCUUUUAGAUUACCUCACAGGAGAAAUGGUUUAUGGUUUAGAGUUAGUUGGAAGAGAUGCAGUACUAGUAUGUAUUAAACUCCUUGGUGAUAAAGAUCCAAGAAAGGCUGAAAUAGGGACAAUAAGAGCUCUGUAUGGUACGGAUCCUGUUAAAAAUUGUGUUCAUGCAUCCAGCUCAUCAGAAUCGGCAAUAGAGGAUAUAGAAUAUUUUUUUCCACCUCCACCUCUAAAUUCGACACGACUUUGUCUGACUGCAACUCUCUCGAACUGCACCCUUUGUAUAGUAAAGCCUCAUGCAAUACUAGAGGGAAAACUAGGUGCAGCUUUGGAAGCCAUUGAUAAGGGUGGUUUCAAUGUAACUGCCCUCUACAUGCUGAUUGUUGAAAAUAUUAAUGCAGCUGAAUUUUAUGAAGUUUAUAAAGGCAUUGUGCCUGAAUACAAGGGUAUGGUUGAAGAAUUGUCGAGUGGCCCUUGCGUGGCUAUGGAAAUAGUAGCGAAAAAUAAAAAUGUUAACACUGCUGUUGAAUUUAGAAAAUUAGUAGGUCCUUCUGAUCCUGAGAUUGCAAGAUUACUUCGACCGGAUACCCUGAGAGCAAAGUUGGGAAAAACGAAAGUACAAAACGCAGUUCAUUGUAGCGAUUUAGCAGAAGAUGGAUUAUUAGAAGUUGAAUACUUUUUCAAGAUCUUAGCAUUAUAAUGAAUUAAUAAACUAUCGACUUAUUAAACAAACAAGUUCAUAAAAUUUAAUCAUUCUAUAGGUAUGAUCUUAUCCACAAAAUAAAAAAUUGUAAAUCAAAUACAUAUUAAUAUCCUGAGAUUUGGAUGGAAAUUAGAAGAAGAGCGGUAGCUUUUCAAACGAAUUCAUACUUAUUCAUUAAAAAGUCAAAAAAGUUCCAGAUUAAAUUAAUAAUAAAAACAAAAAAAAAUAUCCAUGUUUUUAUGGUCGCCACAGAUGUACCUACAGCUCGACCAAGCUAAGUUUGCACUUCACAUCGAUUACGUCACACUGCCGCUUAGGUAUGGUCUGAAAAAAGGACUAUGACUUUAAAAAUGUAAACAAAUGUUUGUUAGAUUUUACUUUGCAUUUAUUGUUUUUAACAAAUAUAUUAUACACAGGUACAUUAGAAUAUAGCGAUAUCGGGUUUUUGUAUUAAGGCCACCCGGGCAUUCUUGCACUUUUUAAAUUUGUAUCCCAAUUGCUCAGUAAUAAUUUUUCUUUGUUUCCUUUUCAGGGGUUUGUCCCUUCACUGUGUAUGACCUUUCCUUUCAUUUCUGUUGCCCACAAAAAUCCUCUCGAAGUAAAAAAAAAAAUGAACGUUAAGCGUUCAGCAACAACAGUUCAACAAAAACUUGACAAAAAUAGUCCAUUAAUAUAACUAAACUUCAACAAAAAACCUAACAAGAACAAUUAAAAAAUUUAAAAUUCAACGGAUAGGGAGACGAAAACUCGUAUGACGCGUGUCAGCGACAAAGAUGCUAACCGUACUGGCAGGGCGAUCUCGGGAAGGUGAGCGGGGAAGCGGUCGGAGCGCCGCAUCCCAGCGAGGUGCAAACUUAGCUUGGUCGAGUUGUAAUAACCAUGAAAGAUUUGUUUUGCGAAUCU